UGAACAGCAAGACUGUGAAAUUGCUCAGGAAAUUCAGGAGAAGCUGGCUAUUGAGGCAGAGAGACGGCGCAUUCAGGAGAAGAAGGAUGAGGAUAUAGCUCGCCUUUUGCAAGAAAAGGAAUUACAGGAAGAGAAAAAGCGAAAGAAACACAUUCCAGAGUUCUCUGGAGCCAAUGUUUAUGGAGAUAGUUACUAUUAUGAAGAUGGAGACCAGCCAAGGUCAAGGAGGGCCAGGGAAUUGGGUUCUGGAUUCUCAAGGUCUUGUAGACUCCAAAGUGAUGGAAGGACUGUGAAGCAGAGGAAGGAGAAACCAAAAUAUCCACUGGAGAACUUGGAAGAACUAGAAGAGCAUUGUUUAUCAAAGAGAUCCCUGUCAUCCUCUAGCUGGAGCAAAGUGAGGGAUGAUCCCCAAAUUAACAGUGAGCAGCAAGAAAGGAAACGGUCUGGUCAGCAGAGGCUCCAGAGAUCUCCGCUACCCAAGAUCAGUGGAGAAGUAUUUCUGAGCACUGAAGUUGAUGACUGGGAGGCUAGCGGUAGCUAUCGAACUCAGAAUUUGGAAAAACAGUCCCGACACCAAGACCAACUUUCACCCAAGACUGCACAGAAAGCAAGGCUUCACUGCAAGGAAGCUGUGUAUGGGAGGGACCGUGGGCAAGGUGAGCACAGAGAAAAGAGACACAGGCCAAGGACUCCUCCCUUCUCAGAGUGUGAGGAGCAGCUCCACCUCCAUGACACAGGAAUGAAGCCAAGAGUGAUGAAAGAAGGUGUCUCUACUCCAUCACGAGUGACUCACAGGGAUCAAGAAUGGUAUGAUGCUGAAAUUGCCAGAAAAUUGCAAGAAGAAGAACUUUUGGCUACCCAGGUGGACAUAAGAGCAGCUCAAGUAGCCCAAGAUGAAGAAAUUGCUCGACUUCUGAUGGCUGAAGAAAAGAAAGCUUACAAGAAAGCCAAGGAGCGAGAGAAAUCAUCUUUGGAUAAAAGAAAACAUGACCCUGAGUGGAAGCCCAAAACAGCUAAAUCAGCACACUCAAAGUCAAAAGAGAGUGAUGAACCUCACCGUUCUAAGAGUGACAGGCCAGCACGGCCACCACCACCUCCCGUAACUGAUGCUGAGGAUUUGGAUCACCAUCAUUUUACAAACCAGCAUAGUUCCACACGUCAUUUCUCAAAAUCAGAGUCUUCUCAUAAAGGUUUUCAUUACAAGCAGUAAAAUCCUAGAAAUCUGCCUUGAAAAUGGACUCACUAUAGCAAAUAUUGCUGGAUGAUACAGAAUUCAUUCCAGACUGUUUUUAUUCGUCCUACAUGUGCAUUCCUGAGAUUUAUCCUCAAGUGAUUUUCUAACCAUAAAUAAUUUUAAUUCA